AUGACUUUAUCGCCGUCUCCGACCAUAUUGAUGGAAAGUUCACUGGAGGAGACGCCGGAGUCUCUUCGCCGGCAUGACGCGUGCGAGAUGUUGAAGGAUAAGUCUCCGUCGCUUCCUUCUCGGCUUACUUCCAGAGCACAAAUGCUGUCGAUUCGUCAAUCGCUUCCGGCGAACUUCCGUGAUAGGAUUCCGCCGGAAAACGAGAGCAAAGAGAAAGAAGAGAAGGAUUGGAGCAAGAAAACGAGGACUGAGAAGAUCACAGAGGAGCAUGAACCCGAAUGGGUCAAUAACGUUGAGUAUUUCAUCAACGAGGAACUUUGUGUUUGGUGUCGGGUUUCUAAUGGGGAGUGGCACUUGGGGAAGAUACAAUCUACUUCUGGUGAUGCAGCGUGGGUUAUGUUAUCCACUGCCCAAGUUGUGAAAGUAUCAAUGAAAGAGAUUUUCCCUGCAAAUCCAGAUAUUUCUGAGGGAGUUGAAGACCUUAUACAGCUUAGUUAUCUGAAUGAACCAUCUGUUCUUCACAACCUCCGGGUCAGAUAUUCACAAGACUUGAUUUAUAGUAAAGCAGGGCCAGUUUUGAUUGCGGUGAAUCCUUUUAAGAAGGUCCAGAUUUAUGGAAAUAAUAUUCUAUCAGCCUAUCAGAAGAAGUCUUUGGAUGCUCCUCAUGUUUAUGCAGUGGCAGAUGCAGCUUACGAUGAGAUCAUGAGAGAGGAGAAGAACCAAUCUAUUAUCAUAAGUGGAGAAAGCGGAGCUGGGAAAACUGAGACAGCAAAGUAUGCAAUGCAGUACUUGGAAGCUCUUGGUGGAGGUAGCUUUGGGGUAGAGAAUGAAAUCCUAAAGACAAACUGUAUACUUGAAGCUUUUGGGAAUGCUAAAACAUCAAGAAACGAUAACUCUAGCCGAUUCGGAAAACUGAUGGAGAUUCAUUUUAGUGCAAAGGGAAAAAUAUGCGGAGCCAAACUUGAAACUUUCUCUUUGGAUCAGUCAAGAGUUGUUCAGUUGUCCAAUGGCGAGAGAUCCUACCAUAUCUUUUAUGAGUUGUGUGCAGGAGCUUCACCGAUUCUUAAAGAAAAGUUGAAGCUUAAAGCAGCAAGUGAAUACAAUUAUUUGAACCAGAGCAAUUGCUUAACCAUUGACCCCAUUGAUUAUGCUCAGAAAUUUCAUAAACUGAUGGAAGCUUUCAACAUUGUUCAAAUUCCUCAAGACUAUCAAGAACGUGCAUUUGCACUGCUUGCAGCUGUGUUAUGGUUAGGGAAUGUAUCUUUUGAAGUGAUUGACAACGAAAACCAUGUGGAAGUGGUAGCAGAUGAAGCUGUCACUAAUGUAGCUAUGUUAAUGGGAUGCAACUCACAAGAUCUUAUGGUGGUUUUGUCUACUUGCAAGCUCCAAGCUGGUAGAGACUGCAUUGCUAAAAGACUGACACUGCGACAGGCAACUGAUAUGAGGGAUUCCCUAGCAAAAACCAUCUAUGCAAGCCUUUUCGACUGGCUUGUUGAGCAGAUAAAUACUUCACUGGAAGUUGGUAGAUUACGUACAGGAAGAUCUAUUAGUAUCCUUGAUAUAUAUGGGUUUGAGUCAUUUAAGACUAAUAGCUUUGAACAAUUCUGCAUAAACUAUGCAAAUGAAAGACUGCAGCAACAUUUUAAUCGGCAUCUAUUUCAACUUGAACAAGAGGAAUAUGAAGGGGAUGGAAUUGAUUGGACUAAGCUCGGAUUCAAAGACAAUCAAGAGUGUCUAGAUCUGAUUGAGAAGAAACCCAUUUGUUUGGUACCACUACUAGAUGAGGAAUCAAAUUUCCCAAAGUCGACUGAUACAACGUUUGCCAACAAGCUGAAACAGCAUUUGAAGGCUAACUCUUGUUUCAGGGGAGAAAGAGGUCGCGGAUUCAGAGUUAGCCAUUAUGCUGGAGAGGUUCUCUAUGAUACAAAUGGCUUCCUGGACAAGAACAGAGAUCCAGUGCAUGUUGAUCUUAUCCAACUUUUAUCAUCAUGCAAAUGUCAAUUACUGAACCUGUUUUCUACUAAGAUGCGUCACAAGUCUCUAAAUCCGGCAACUUUUUCCGAAUCCAUGAAUCAAAGUGUGAUUACAAAGUUUAAGGGCCAACUUUUCAAGUUGAUGAACAAGUUAGAAGGCACCACUCCUCACUUUAUCCGGUGCAUAAAGCCAAAUUCAAAUCAGCUACCUGGAAUUUACGAAGAGAAUCAUGUUCUACAACAGCUUAGAUGUUGUGGCGUUUUGGAGGUUGUUAGAAUAUCAAAAUCAGGAUAUCCUACUCGGUUGACACAUCAGGAGCUUGCGGCAAGAUAUGGAUUCCUAUUGCUGGACACAAAAAGUUCUCAGGAUCCACUUAGCACAUCAAAUGCUAUUAUGAAGCAAUUCAAUCUUCCUCCUGAAAUGUAUCAAGUUGGUUAUACAAAGACAUACCUCCGAACUGGGCAAAUUGGCGUCCUUGAGGAAAGAAGAAGAUAUUUUCUGCGUGGCAUACGUGGAUUACAGAAGCAAUUUCGUGGUUAUCAGACCCGUGAAUACUUCCACAAUAUGAGGAAUGCGGCAGUGACACUUCAAUCUUAUAUCCGCGGUGAAAUCGCCAGGAGAGAGUAUAUUGCUAUGGAAAAAUCGGCUAUUCUUUCCUCAGGAAAAACUCAAGAGGUUGAUGCAGUCAUACACUUGCAAUCUGUGGUACGCGGAUGGUUGGUUCGUAAACACUUAGAAAAUAGUAUGCAAGAGAAAAAACAAUCACGCAAUGAGAAGAAAAAACCGAGAAGAAAGUCAAGGAGGAGUAUUUCAGAAGACAAGGACCUUCUUUUUGAGGAGUUUCAGGUCCGAUCUUGCGCUCUUGCUGAUCUCCAGAGCCGGGUUCAAAAAGUCGAAGCAGCUAUUUUGCAGAAGGAAGUGGAAAACACUGCAUUGAUGGAGGAGUUGCAACGAUUUAAGGUAAAAUGGUUAGAGCACGAGACAAGAAUGAAGUCAAUGGAGGAAACAUGGCAAAAACAUAUGUCAUCAGUGCAGAUGAGUCUCGCAGCUGCCUGUAAGAUUCUGGCUCCAGAAAAGAUUGCUAGUCAUGGUAAUGACUCAGAGGACACAAUGUCCCUUGGAACUCCGACAAAAGAGCUUAAGGGUAGCUUGAAUGAUGUUAACAAUCUUCCUGUAGAAUUUGAUCAACGUAGAGUCGUAUUUGAUGAAGAUGUGAAGUGUCAUGUAGAAAUGAGAUCAGAACCAGACUCGAUCUCAGUCAAGAAGCAGGAUGCAGAAAAAGAACUCAGUAAUCUGAAGUUAAGAUUUGAGAAAUGGAAGAAAGAUUACAGAGCAAGACUACGAGGGACAAAGGCAAGGCUCCGGUUAAAUGGAAAUAAAGGUCGUCACCGGAAGUGGUGGUGCAAGAAAAGCUUUUUGAAAUUAGAUCUCGUAGACUCAUAUUAG